AUGAAUACCGAAAGUCAUGUAAAUGAUGGAGUGACAAGUGUAACAAUAACAAUUGUUGCUACGACUAGCCGUACAAAUAUUGCACCCGCAAUGGCACCUGCAGAGAAAUCCGAAAAGUUUUCAGGUGUAGAUUCCAAACAUUGGCAGCAAAAGAUGUUUUUCUAUUUGACGACUCUAAGUCUUCAAAGGUUCAUUCCUGAUAAUGCUCCAGAAUUUCUCGAAGAGACAUCGGACAAGGAGAGAUUUGUUUAUAUAACAGAGGAUACAGGAACUAAAAAGUUCUUUAUUGUAAAGUUCCUUGACUACAAGAUGAUUCACAGUAAAACUGUCGUCUCUCAAGUACAAGAAUUGCAAGUAAUCAUCCAUGAUCUCCUGUCAGAAGGUUUGAUUGUGUAUGAGGCUUUCCAAGUAGCGACCAUAAUAAAGAAGUUGUCACCUUUGUGGAAGGACUUAAAAAACUACUUGAAGUAUGAGAGGAAUGAGGUGUCAGUUGAAGACCUCAUAAUGAGGUUGUGUAUUGAAGAAGAUAACAAAGUUACUAAAAAGAGGUCGAUAGGGAAUUCCGCAAUCAGUGGAGCUAACAUUAUGGAGGAUCACCCUAACAACUCAAAGAAAUCUAAGAAAGCUGAUGGACAACAAAAUAAUUUACCAAAGAAGAAAUUCGAUGGGAAGUGCUUUAAUUAUGGCAAGGCUGGCCACAAGUUCGUAGAUUGUCGGGUCCCUAAGAAAGUCAUAAAGAAGGAUCAAGGCAACCAGGCUGAAUUCAAAAAUAAAAUGGAUGAUCUAUGUAUUAUGCUUUUAGAAUGCAACUUGGUGGGUAAUCCUAGAGAUUGGUGGAUAUAUUCUGGUGCCACCUAUCAUAUCUGUGCCAAUAAAGAUUUGUUUGCAUUAUAA